UUGUUAAAUUUCAUAAUGCGGGUCUUGCGGUGCAAUAAAUGCCCGGGUUUCUGCAGCGCCGGUUUUUGUGGUAUGGUCCGGUUGGGACUGACAACCUGAGGGGUCAAAACAGGGGGGAAAUACAUGUACUAUUGAUGUCGUGAACGACAUGUAUGGUAACCAUUAAAAAUAAAAAAAAUGUCUAUUUUUGCUUCUUGUCGACGCGCGGUGUUGCAUUUUUGACACCAUUUUCUCGCGCGCUCAUCGGUACAUUUCGGCCGCGUAUUUCUCAUACCCCCAUUGUGACAAAUGUGACCGUUCUUCCCAAUAAGCACCAUGCGGGGUUAUUUUGACUUGAAUGGGCUGCAAGAAAGCUAGAUUGCCCAACCUGAUUCAGUCGAUUCAGAUUUCAAUGUCGUUCAUUAAUACACACCGUGAAUGGCAAAUGUAGUAUCUCGAUAUGUCGCCCAAUUGUGCUACGAAAUAGCUAGCUAGCAUAGAGUAACAACUCAUGUUAGUCUUGCCAGUACUAACGCUUCAACUCCUUUCUUUCACCAUCCAAUAGGUUGCACACCUUGCUGGUCAAGGUUAAUUAACUUCGUUGCGUAUCAUGAAUAAGAUAAAGCUAUUAUUAUUGGCGAGCAAAUAUUGAAUUGAAAGGACAUCAAUCUUUUUAGAUAAAGCAACCUAGAGUUGUGUGACAACAAGGUGACAGGAGGUGACGAGAGCUCAUGAACGGCCCUGACGACGUGCUGCCAUGGAGACCAAGGAAGAAUCGUCCCCUGUGUGGAGUCAGGCAUCCAACAAUGAAUCAGACAACACGACUCAGGUGCAUUUUGAGGGUGGCACUGUGGCCCAGAUAGUGUACAGUGAGGACCAGCAGGAUCGAGGGCAGCAGCAGGUAGUUUACACAGCUGAUGGGAACUCCUACACAUCGGUGGAGUCUGCUGAACACACGCUGGUUUACAUCCAUCCUGCAGAUGGCUCACAGACAGUGUUUGCAGACCAACCACAAGUGGCCUACAUACAGCAGGACGGCACAACACAACAGGUGACUGUUUUGCUGCCUAGCGGACAGAACAUGAACGCUGCCAACCUGCAUGUCCUCAGCAACGUAGCCGAAGCUCCCCAGGCCCUGCUGGAGCCCGUUCCUCAGGGGCAGCUGUCUGUGUCAAACUCCCUCCCCAACAUGGCCGACAUCGAAGAGCAGCCGUCCAGCCCUCUGGGGGCCACAGACUCCACGGAGGAUUCCGAAGAGGACGACGAGGACGAUGAUGAAGAUGACUCUGACAUGGACGACUGGGAGCCUCGUCAGCCCCAGGCCUUCACCCCUCACAACCUCUGGUGUGAAGAGUGUAACAACACCAACCCCUCUGUGUGUCAGAAGCACGGCCCCCUCCACCCCAUCCCCAACCGGCCUGUGGUGUCCAAGGCGCGCGCCAGCCUCCCCCUGGUCCUCUACAUCGAUCGCUUCCUGGGCGGGGUCUUCUCCAAGAGGCGCAUCCCCAAGCGCACCCAGUUCGGCCCGGUGGAGGGACCCCUGGUGCCACAGAACGAACUACAGGACCACUACAUACAGCUCAAAUUGUGCAUGCUGGACGCGGAGAAAGACGGGCAGAAGCCGGAGGACAUGUGGGUGGACCUGUCGGACGAGGACAGCUGUAACUGGCUGAUGUUUGUGAGGCCUGCUGAGAACCACCUGGAACAGAACCUGGUAGCCUACCAGUACGGCUCUGAGAUCUUCUACACCACCAUCAAAAACAUCCAGCCCAAACAGGAACUGAAGGUGUGGUAUGCUGCAUCCUACGCAGAGUUUGUCAACCAGAAGGUUCACAACGUCACGGAGGAGGAGCGGAAAGUGUUACGGGAGCAGGAGAAGAACUGGCCGUGUUACGAGUGCAACCGGCGCUUCGUGAGCUCGGAACAGCUGCAGCAGCACCUCAACAUGCACGACGACAAGCUGGACUACGUCAGCAAACCGCGGGGGCGUGGCCGAGGCCGAGGCAGGAAGAGGUUCGGCACAGGAAGGAGACCAGGACGGCCGCCCAAAUUCAUACGCCUGGAGCCUCCUGUUGACACGAGUGUGGAUAAGACGGCGGAGAUGCUGGGUCUGGCUGUGAAGCUGCCGUCGGAGCAGAGGAGAGACGGGGCCCAGAACGGGCUGAAGGUGGUGGAGCUGGAGGCCGAGGAGGUGGGAUCUGAGGCCGAGGCCCAGCUGGAUCCCCCCGCGGGGGAAGCGGUCCCGGACCCAGACCCGCCACCCUCCACCACACACCUCCUGGUUCCCGUGAAGGAGGACCCCUCUGCCAGCGGCCAAGCGGACCCCCACCUCACGGCCCAGGACAUGCGUCGUGCCAAGAGGAUCCGGAAUGCCGCGCUCCAGCACCUCUUCAUCAGGAAGUCCUUCCGACCCUUCAAGUGCACCCACUGCGGCAAGGCCUUCCGCGACAAAGACAAGCUGGAGCAGCACCUGCGCGUCCACGCCCGCGACGCCUACGCCUUCACCUGCCACGUGUGCAGCAAGAGCUUCGCCAGCGACGCCGCCUUCGAGGAGCACCUGCUGCUGCACUCGGAGCACCGCACCUUCUCCUGCCUCUUCUGCACCGACACCUUCGACCGACUGGACCUGCUCAAGGACCACGUGGGCGUCCACGCCGUCAACGGCUGCUUCUCAUGCCCCUCCUGCCGAAAGAGCUUCACCGACUUCAUCCAGGUGAAGAAGCACGUUCGCUGUUUCCACUCUGAGAAGAUCUUCCAGUGUCCGGAGUGCGAUAAGGCCUUCUGCAGGCCGGACAAGCUGCGCCUGCACAUGCUGCGGCACUCAGACCGCAAGGACUUCCUUUGCUCCACCUGUGGCAAGCAGUUCAAGAGGAAGGACAAACUCCGGGAGCACAUGCAGCGCAUGCACAACCCCGAGCGGGAGGCUAAGAAGGCGGACAGGGUCCACCGCUCCAAGGCUCUCAAGCUGAAGGUGCCCACCACCGAUUUCGAGAGCUUCAUGUUCAAGUGCCGAGUCUGCAUGAUGGGGUUCAGACGCAGGGGGAUGCUGGUAAACCAUCUUUCCAAGCGCCACCCGGAGAUGCGCAUCGAUGACGUUCCGGAGCUCACCCUGCCCAUCAUCAAGCCCAACAGAGACUACUUCUGCCAGUACUGCGACAAGGUGUACAAGAGUGCCAGUAAGAGGAAGGCCCACAUCCUGAAAAACCACCCGGGGGCGGAGCUUCCUCCCAGCAUCCGCAAGCUCCGCCCAGCCGGCCCCGGGGAGCCCGACCCCAUGCUGAGCACUCACACCCAGCUGACGGGCACCAUCGCCACGGCGCCCGUCUGUUGCCCGCACUGCGCCAAGCAGUACAGCAGUAAGACGAAGAUGGUCCAGCACAUUCGGAAGAAGCACCCAGAGUACACCCAGCUAGCCAGCACCAUGCAGGCGCCCCUCACCGCCGCCGUCAUCAGCAGCGCGCCGGCCAUCAUCCCCACUGACGGAAGCUCCGCAGAGGCCGUGGUGACGACAGACCUGCUGACCCAGGCCAUGACGGAGCUGUCCCAGACGCUCACCACAGACUACCGCACGGCCCAGGGAGACUACCAGAGGAUCCAGUACAUCCCCGUGUCGCAGGCCGGAGGGGGCCUGGCCCAGCCCCAGCACAUCCAGCUCCAGGUGGUCCAGGUGGCGCCGGCUUCGCCUCACUCCCAGCACUCCACGGUGGAUGUGAGCCAGUUGCACGACCCUCACGGCUACAGCCAGCACUCCAUCCAGGUGCAGCACAUCCAGGUGGCUGAGCCCUCAGGGACUGGUCAAGGAGCCACCCAGGUGACCGGUCAGCCCCUAAGCCCCGCCUCCCAGCAGGCGUCCCAGGAGCUGAGCCCCGCGCAGCUGACCCCGGUGACCCUGGCCCAGAGCCACACCCUCCAGACCCCCUCCACCCAGCAGGGGGCAGUGCAGCACACGUACAUCCCUGGGAACUGGAACUAUCGAGGCUACCCCUCUGAGAUCCAGAUGAUGGCUCUCCCUCACACCCAGUAUGUGAUCGCUGAGGCCAGCACCCCGGUCACCGGAGUCAACAGUGGCCAGGUGAAGACGACUCACUAUGUGAUUUCAGACGGCCAGGCUGAACUGGAAUCCAAACAGACCCAAAGCUCCACCCAGGUACACACAGAACACCUCGAAUCAACCAAUCAGCAAGCCCCCACGCAGUACAUCAUCACCACAACCACCAAUGGAAACGCUAGUGAAGUUCACAUCACCAAACCCUGACCUCCAUCAAUACCUCAGCCCUGUUAAUCCUGUAAGGCUGCUUUUGCAUGCAUCCCAUGUCAACUCACACACACACACACACACAUCAGCGCACAUACACAAUGCACAAACGCACAGUAAACAUACAUACAUGCACAAACCCGAGUUUGGCUCGACCAGACAUAUGAGGGUGUUGACUAACACUGCUUAGAUUUUUUUUUUUACGAGUCUCUAAUUUAUUGUUGAUUAGAGACGGAAGGAUAAGAGAACGAGUUUUAGUUCGCAUUUUUGGAAUCUGAGAACACGUGCAUGCCCUGUCACGGGUGUUCCAGACGUCGAGAGGAAAAAAACACUGGAAAGCUUUGAUGUUUCUAAGAUCUUUUUUGAAACCACAGAAGCUGUGAAAGGACGCACACCCCCUUGUCACUUCCCCCUGCAGAGAUCAGGUGAUCAAAUCUCAUGGCUGUCCAACACAUCAAAUCAAUGUUUCUCAUAUGUUGUACUUUGGGAUUGGAUAAUCACAUUCUUUGAUAAAUUGCAACAUGCUUGAUCGGAAUGAACAAUCAAGAAGUUUUUUUCUCUCCUAUGAAAGACACCGCUAGGAGAAGACUACAUUUUCUGAACUGAAUUGCCAUUCAUUUGAUUACACUUUUACAGGUGUGAUGAGCGAAUAAGUAGUUGUGGCCAAUAGUGGUGUUUUUUCCCCUAGUCUGGACAGGAAUAGUAUUUUGUUGAACAUUCCUAACCUAGACAGGGUUCCACAUUCCAAUGGAAUUGAACAAUUCUUAGAUGAUGCCACUGAUCAGAACAUUCUGAGAACCGUAGCCAUCCAGCACACAGAGACAACCGUUAUGUUACUAUUUGAGAAUUCUUAUCUGAUCGCCGUUUGCCAACUCGACACUCUCUGGACAGCUGAACGUUUUCCUUUGCACACAGUGCUUAGCACCAGACCUAGGUAGCUGUGCAUCUUCACCACCUAAAGUGAAGAUGUGUCCUUAUUUAUAUAAAUCAGUCUGUGAGAAUGGACUUGUAUAAUGUAAAAUAUAGCUGUAAUAUUGAAGAGAAUAGUUUCCUUGUGUACAGUGAUUCCCAUAUUGUUGCAGGUAAACUCGUCCUGUUGUCCUUGUGUGGAAAAAUUAAAAGUAUUUUAUAUCU